AUGUCACCGUACUUGUUAACGACCGGCAUGUGCACGCAGAGGGGCAAGCCGAAGUUCUCGCACGACGGCUACAUCUACGUGUUCGACAAAUUGAGCCAGAACCGGCUGACGACGUUCUAUCGGUGCGAGCAAAAGACGCGGUGCAAGGCGCGCAUCCACGUGCAAAACGGCCAGGUGAUCAAGCUGCUCAACGGCCACACGCACGAUCCCGCCAAAUUCACCAAAAUCAACGGCGACUACAUUCGAUUGAUCGAUUGAAAUCGAAAGGCCGACGACGUCACGACCGUGUAACGUCGAUUGAACUAUAUGCGCGAUUUUAAAUCGCGCGCUGACGACACGAGUGGAGCAUACUGAACGAACUGUAUGCACGAUUACAGUGAAUUGUACAUACUAUAGAUCUGUAUAAAAAAACAAGUAUUAUUAGGUACAUUAUGCUAUAAUAACUUAAAAAUGCACUUUACGCAGUUGGAUCUCAACAAUCUACCAUUUCUGUAUUAUAGAAACAGCGAUGACGUCACCUGCUAAAUAAACUAUCGAAGCUACACUACGCUUACUAUAAACGAAGCGUGACGUCAUGGCUAUAGAUUGACGAAUUAAAUUGUAAUUAAUUAUGUAAAAAUCAAAUAAACCACUGAGAUCAUCUUUUCUCGAAUUACUCGCCCCCGAUCCACCUCCAUCUAAACCAAUUAGUAGCGAAUCGAACGCUCGUUGUCCGCUUACUUGACGCGCAUUUUUUUUUUCGGUUUUAGAAAAGCGAAAGGGCCCUUUCCAAUGCGGCAUAUGCGGCAAAGUGUACACCUUCAGGAGCACCAUGCUGAGGCACGCGAAGCUCGAGUGCCAGAAGUACCCCGGCUUCCGGUGCUCCUUCUGCAACCACCUGUCCAAGCGCAAGGACAACCUCAAGGCGCACAUGAAGAACCUGCACGGCGUCGAGUACCGCACGAGUACCAACACCUACGAGCGCGUCUAGCGCCAAAUCUAUUGUUAAUAAAGAAUAAUCGAAUAAACGCGAAACUCCCAUUACGUUCUAUUCAUUAACAUCGCCGAAAGAUGCGAAACUGUUCCGGUGCGACGAUUGCGGUCGCUCGUACAAAUCGAAGAUAGCCUUGAACAGGCACAGGCGGUACGAUUGCGGCAAGGAGCCUUUGUUCAAGUGCUUCUUCGAUAAUUGCGGGUACCGCGGCUACCAGAAGGGCAAUCUCAAGACUCACUUGAUGAGGGUGCACCGGCUCUUCAUCGAGCCCACCUCCAGGAGGCGCGAGUGAGAUAAUGAUCAAGACGCUUCGUUUGCAGCCUUUAUUUAUAUGCUCUCUAUCUCAAGAUGAUGUGAUAGUAAUCGUAAAAUGUAGCUACACCGAAUAAAAACGUUUUAAAUGCGAGUAUUUUUAUUCCUCUUCCCCCGCUCGCUAAGAAACGUGAGAGGGGGUAAUCGGACAAAGACAACCUACGCGAGAGCGAGACGACGAGUGUAGCGUACUCUAUCAGGUUAUUUGUUGCAGGUUUUAAGUGCCCCUCGUGCGACAAACGGUACAAAUUAAUAUCGAGCGUGCAGAGACACCUGAAAUUCGAGUGCAACAAGCCGCCGCAGUUUUUCUGUUCGAUGGCCAGCUGCAAUUUCGCUUGCAAGCGCAACGAAAGCCUCAAGUCCCAUUACAAAUUGAAACACAACGUUAUUUUUAUCGCUGACAAUAAAAAACAUUAGGUCGUAGCUAUUAUUUUCUUUCCUGUACUAUUUCGUCGGCUAGCAACGAUUAUUGGUCGAUUAGCAUCACUGGUAACUAUUAAUGAUCGUUUCUACAGGUUUUUUUUUUAAUUUUUUUAGCCGCUUUUGUUUGCCCCGUGUGCGGUAAAGACUACAAAGUGGCCAGGUCUUUGUGGAGGCACCAAAAGUACGAGUGCCAAAAAGCGCCGAGCUUCAACUGCCAUUUGUGCGAUUACAAGGCUUUCCACAAGAGCAGCCUCACCAAACACAUGAUGAAGCACUUUUGAACUUGUCGAUUUGUAUUUGGAAAUAAAGCGAAACGCAUCCCAAUUAAGCAUCCUCCGAUUCCAAGCGAACGAGAUACGUUUAGGGUUCCGAUCUAAUUGCUCGAUUAAAUAGUGACGUUUUCAGAUCCUCCAGUGAAGUGCUUCAAAUGCGAUAAGUUGUACAAGAAUCUCAGCUCGAUGAGGAGCCACAUUUCGCACGAUCACGGCCAGGUGUUGCACUGCCCGAUUUGCGGCUACGAAUGCAAACGAAAGUACUACUUCAAUUUGCACUUGGAGCGCCACAAGAAAAACUUCACCCAACCCAAUUAACCUCUCCCGCCGCACCGCCGAACAAUGGAGUUGUUCUAACGACUUUCCUUUUCAGUUUUUCCCAUAUACUGUCCGAAGUGUUCGCACGGUUACAAGCACCGCAGCUCGCUGGUGAAGCACCUGAAAUGGGAGUGCGGCAUCGAGACCGGCCUGUUCAAGUGCUACAUAUGCAGC